AUGUUAAAUAUAGAAGAUCCAACAAUUAAAGUUGAUGAUUCAACAACAUCAUCCUCUUUGUCAACCAAUUAUCAAUCAUAUAAAUUUAGUAUUGGAAAACCUCUACCAACGAUUGUGGAUGACGAUUCUGAGAUUGUUUCAAAUAAUAAUAAUAAUAACAACAGAAAUACAGAUAAUAAAACAGCUGAUGAAACAUCAAGCACAAUUAGUGAUAUUGCAUUUUAUUCACGUCAAUUCCUCAGUCCAUUCACUCGCCCCAGAUCUUCCACUAUUUCCGGCUCACCGAAUUCCUCUCCCAGCAGACAAAUAUCAACGCAACUCCAACAAUAUGCACAGAAUCUUCUUGCCCAAGGUGGUCUUUCACAUCUACCAGCCGAACUAUUGUUGGCGAUAUUCCAAUUCUUCACACCACAAGAGAUAUGUGUAGUCGGUAUGACAUGUAAAUGGUGGCAAAUAGUCUCCGAACAAAAUUCACUCUGGAUCACCAAAUUCCAAGAGAAUUUCCAAAGACCACUGACAACCCUUGAAAAAUUCCAAAAUGCCAAUGAAUCAUGGAAAGAAUUAUAUAUUCAACAUUAUUUUAUGGAUAGUUCAUAUAGUGAAAUAGAGAGAUUAUUAGUUCUAUUCCCAGUUACACCGGAAUAUGAACAUGAUAUUACAAUUUUAUUAAAUAGAGUUUUGACAUAUUUAAAACAUACAGAAUGUUUAUCGGAAUAUAUAUUAAAGUUGGAGGAAUUAAAGAAUAUUCAUAUUAUAUUUGGAAAUAAGAUUGAAGCAGCAAUAUGUUUAUUGAAUCAUAGUCAGUUAAUUAGUUGGAAUGCAGAUGCCACAUUCAACGAAGAAUAUGGAUAUCCAAGUGAGUCACACUCUGAUCGUAAGGAAAGACUGCUAAACAAUGCACUGGAGUUAUUCGUUGAGGGAAAGUACUGGGAGAGAGCACUUAUCAUCAUUAGAAAACUCAGAAAGAAAUACAACAAGGAUCUAUCAAGACAAACCGAUAAGCAGCUGCUAAUUAAAAAGAUGGUUUUACUCUCUAAAUCAGAACAUACUUGUUAUCAAUCAAUAGAGGGUAAAGACGGUAGAUUCUUUGAGGAGUAUUUCUUUGUUGAGUUUAGAGGCAAAGGUUUCCCAAAGUCGGUCGAUGGCAAAAAGUUUAUUUUCCGCGGCAAAGAACUGGAGAAACUUGGAUAUUUUGUUGGUCGACUAAAGAAUAGAUAUCCAGGUGCCGAAGUCGUUCCAAAGACAGAGAAGAACGAAUUUGGCACUGGACAAUAUAUUCAUAUUCGUCCAUGCAAACCGAUAUCGAUGCCAAAACACAUUGUUGGAAGUGCUGCAGGUGCUUCGCUAUCUCUGACCUACAACCUGAACAGCCAAGAGUCAGCACACAUGCGUCGAUCCAACUAUAAGAACGAACAAUCGUUUAUCAACAACAAUGCCAAACUCUUUUUCUACUCGAUGCCAUUCAAGAAGCAGAGCCAACAGCAGCAACCGCGAAGUGACAAUGAGUUCCUCGAUCUCUGGACUUGUCAUACCUAUAUCGUUGCGAAAUCGACAUUCCCAGGGCUGAUUCGUUGCACCGAGGUCAAGUCCAUCAUUGAAAUUCAAAAGAAUCCAUUGGAGACUGCAAUUGAGACACUGGAGAAGAAGAACAAACAGUUGGAAUCGAUAUUUGCCACAACGAAGCAAACGAAAGAAUGGUCAAAUCUGCUCACCAUGGCGUUGGAUGGUGUAGUCGAUGCCGCUGUGUCUGGAGGUGUCAAUAUGUAUCGUGUAUUCUUCAGUUUGUCGUACAUCCAGGAGAACAGCGGACAUCUUCAGCUGCUCCACAGUCUCAAGAGUAUUCUACUGCAGCAACGAAAUCUCUUGGAGACCGGUCUCGACAUCCACGCUCACUACUGUCCGGCCAAUAUGAAAGCACUGCAAACCAAGAUGGAGCGAUGUUUUGAAAAGUGGAAACAGAUCAUCAGUGAACUGGUGGUUCAUGAAAUCAAUUGUGAAGAGCCAUCUCUAGAGAUUGCCAAGCCACCUUCUCCCAUCAAGAUGCUCGAUGCCAUUGACUUGCCAUCUGUUUCUGCAUCGUUAUCAUCGUCGAAACUCAACAUUCAACACGCAUCAACAUCAACAUCAACAACAACAACAACAACAUCAACAACAUCGGUGGUAUUAUCACCUUCCAAGCAGAUUCUUCAACCACCAACAACCUCACAACUCAAACACUCCUCGUCGUUGAUUGCACCGAGAGGAUGGAUCAACGGUCAGAAGCAACAGCCAAUAAAGCGUGUCAUUCCAACUACCGCUGCCAGUUCAACAACCGUCAGAAAACCAUCGACACCGUCAUCGCUGCUUGCACUCACACCCUCAAAGAUACCAACGAAAUCAAUGCAUAAGACACCAACCAACAGCAGCAGCAGUAGCAGUCUUCUAAAGAAGCAACAGCAACUAGUAAAUACACCACUCAACGAAGUAUCGAAUCAAUCAAACAAUCUAUCGAACAAAUCACCGAUUACACUCGCACACAUCAGUCCCAUUGUACCAAUACCACCGAAACCAUCAACACCAACAACACCAAGCAUCACAUCCACCAGCAUCAUAUCGAAAUCCACUAGUUCUCCAUCGAUUUCUUCCAACUCUAACUCUAAAUCAACAACUAACAACAGUAGCAGUAACAGCAACAGCAGCACAGUAAGAACAACAACUACUACAACAUCGUCGUCGUCGUCGUCCUCAUCACUCUAUCGACCUACACUUAGUCAUCUUGCCAAGAAGGAAUCACCACCUACCAAUACACCAAAUAUUACAUCGCCAAUCAUGAAAUCACAGACAUCUAGUAGUAAACCACAAACAUCACCACACUCCAAACCAUCGUUGGGUCUAACACUUACCAAUAUCAAGAGAAGGCUAUCUUCAAACUCGAGUUCAUCUUCUUCGUCAUCAGCGAGUCACGCUAAAACCAACAUUGAAGAAAAGAAGGUUGUAAGCAGUAGUAAACCACCGAAAUUCAAAGAGACAACAACAUCAACAACAAGCACAAGCACAAGCAGUUCUAGCUUGAAUAAUACUACAACUUCUAUUGCGCUGAAAGCAAGACCACCAACACCACCAAGACAACAUCCACUAGUACAACACCAACAACAACCGACAACACAAUCAAAUACAACACUUUCUAAACCACCACUAUCACCAGGUGCCAAACGUAUUGUAAAGUCAUCAUCUACCACCAGCAGUAGCAGUCAAUUCAACUAUCCCUCGGACAUUGUAGAUUCGCCACUCAUCAAACAUGGAUACAACAAGCGUGUAGCACUCACACCAUUGCCUCUUUCACUUAGUCUAUCGACUGCAUCGGCAUCUGCCUCCAUUGCAACUCCUUCAAGCACCAAUGUCUCAUUAAAACCAAGACCACCAACACCACCAAAAAUUUCGAUAUCCAAUUAA